AUGCGAACAAGAGCCCAAUCCCUCCCUAAAAGUACCUGGAACCAGAAGAGAGGCAGCUUUUCCAACCGAACGUAUAGAAAAGAAUUAAAAAAAUUUAAGCAGCAGGACUUCCGGCCGUCUCGGAUGAGAAGAUCAAAAAGUUGCAGCUUAUUCAAGGACAGGCACCGUAAAGCUAUAGGUGAAGAAGGGAAAGAAAUGAAGAAGGAGAAGAAGAAGAAGAAGAAAAAAAGAACUUACGGCACCACAGGAGCCACAGCUCUUGCUGGAACCGCUGAAGCUGGCUCCGCACUUGGGGCAGGCGCUGUUAUGCAUAUUGGCGAUUUAUUUAUCUUGUAA